AUGUCUGGCUACGACCGUCAUAUUACCAUCUUCUCCGACCAGGGUCGAUUGUACCAAGUCGGUAUGUACUUCCAAUCCUCUCCUGCUCUGGCCUCGUUUCGUUCUGUGUUCGACCGUCCAGCAGGGUGUGCCGUCACCAUGACCGCUGACCCCUCUGCGCUCCCAGAAUAUGCAUUCAAGGCGAUCACCUCGGCCAACAUCACCUCCAUCGGCGUGAGGGGCAAGAACUGCGCGGUGGUGCUCUCUCAGAAGAAAGUUGCCGACAAAUUGAUCGACGCAUCCUCCGUUUCACAUGUCUUCAGGCUCUCGCCCUCUGUGGGCUGUGUCAUGACCGGCUCGAUAGCUGAUGCCCGGGCCUCGGUCGACCGGGCUCGUGGUGAGGCCGCCGAAUUCCGGUACAAGUUCGGAUAUGAGAUGCCGUGCGAUGUUCUGGCCAAGCGUCUGGCCAAUAUCAACCAGGUCUACACACAACGAGUGCGUUCUCCAUCUCUAGUCUUUGUAAUGAACAGCGACAUUUCUGACUUUAUGUUUUCUCAGGCCUACAUGCGACCACUCGGCGUGGCCAUGACGUUGAUCUCGGUCGAUGACGAGAACGGCCCGCAACUCUACAAGUGUGAUCCGGCCGGCUACUAUGUCGGGUACAAGGCGACGGCGUCGGGCCCCAAGCAACAGGAGGCAUUGAAUUACUUGGAGAAGAAGCUGAAGAACAAGGAUGCCGCCGAGGGGAGCUGGGACGAGGUUGUGGAGCUGGGCAUUACCGCGCUGAGCAAUGUGCUGAGCGUCGACUUCAAGAAGCACGAACUAGAGAUCGGGAUCGUGGGCGGGCCGCAGCCGGACGGCAAGGAGGGAACGAGUACAGGGUUCCGGGCGCUUACUGAGGAGGAGAUUGACGAACGGCUGCAGGCCAUCGCCGAGAAGGACUGA